AUGGAAGUGACACUUUUUGGGGGUAAAGGCCUCUUGAGCACACACUUAUUCGGUAGGAUAGAUCCAUAUGUUGUGAUUCAGUACGGAAAUGAAGAGCACACCAGCAAAAUAGCUCAUGGACAAGGUAGCAAGCCAGAGUGGAAUGAACGGUUCAAAUUCAAGGUACAUUACCCAACAGACGCAGGAGACGAUAACCAAAGAAAAUAUAAGCUCCUUCUUCAAAUUAUGGACCACGACAAAUUCACUAGAGAUGACUACCUUGGCCAAACCACGAUCUAUGUGAAGGAGCUACUUGAGUUAGGUGUGGAGAAUGGAAAGCUGAACUUGGGGGUAAUGAUGAAGAAGAUUAAUACAAGGUGGAGGAAAGCUAGUACUAGUUGCUAUACUUUUGAAUUUGCAUCUUACAAUUAG